UGCACUUUCUUAAAAAAGUCCUAAAAAUGUUUCAACAAUAGAUUUUUUCAAUAGUUCUUGAGAAGUUCUAUAGUUCCCGGUCUCAUUCUAAGCGUUACUUUGAGAAUCAGCGGUGAGUAGCGGAGAACCUCUGCCCGCCAAGCCACGUGUUCAUGUUCACGUUUAGCUCGGCUACGACGGGAUUCACAUUGUCGACGGAGGCAAUGAUCACAAAAUCAUAUUUCCAGACUCGCCUCUGUUGUGCAUCUCCCUACUCAUCUCUGGCGCAUCUCCCUUUUCAUCUCUGUACAUCUCUGUAUGAAGUUUCAUCUGGUCUCAUGUUCUCUGUAGUGUUGUUGUAUGAUCGCAACCAUUAGAGUUAUGUUAAAAUAACAUUUACUUGAUAAUUAUUCAUAAUAAGAAAUAUAAAAAUUGUAUGUGAUAAAACAGUCAACAUGAAAGAAAUUCGCAAAAAGAGCGAGGCAUCUAGUACCAGUUCUUAUAGUACAUCAUCAUUGUCAUCUGAUGACGAUGCAGAAGCUUGUGACCUGAAACCCAUUAAGGAUUACCUAUUUGACCGUAAAGAACUUGCACGACAAUUAUUUAAGUCGGUUAAGACUGAAAAAAUACGUAUGAUGUUACCCCAGGCAUUAAAGAAAAUGGGUUUACCUGAAUUGGAAGAAUGGUGUGCCAGCGAAUUGAGUGGAAUGUCCAGAGCUAGAAUUUUGUGCAUAUUAAAUGGUCAAAAAAUGUUAGAAUCUUCUGAAUCGAGUGAUACGGACGAUUCAGGACCAUCUUUGGAAAUUAUUUCUGAUACUGAAGAAUGGUUGACAGAUGAAGAUGUCCCAAAUAAGGAAGAUGAAUUGCCUUCUGAAUCGAAAAAGCUCAAAAUAAAGAAAGAUAAAUGCAAAAAUAAAUCCAAAUUACAUAACCAGAAAAGUCAUGAUAAGGAUAAAUUGAAAGGAAAAGUAAAGGGGAAGCAUAAAACAGGAGACGAACCUAAUGCACCUGAGAUAAAGAUAAAGAAGGAAGGUGAAAAAUUAGAAAAAGAAAAGGAAGGAGACAGUUUACUCGACUUACUGGAGUUAGAAAUGCGCGCUAGAGCCAUAAGAGCUUUGAUACGUAAAGAAGAAGAUAUUAUACCAACAGUACCCACUGACAGUGCAAACCUUUCAAAAGCUACAUCAAGUUCCAUCAAAAGUACAAGUAUAUCAAAGGAAAGUAGCUUAACUUCAAAAUGCAUUGAAGGAAAAUUGAAAGAAUUAGAAAUGAAUUGUACGCAAUCAGAAAAAUUAGACAAUGCUAGAGUAAAUAUAGCUGAUGAUGAGGAUGUAGUUUUAGUAGUUCAACCAACCCCGACAAUAGAAUUGCUAUCGAGUGGAAGUGAAGCUGAAGAUCAAGGAACACGUAGAAAUAAACGACUAGACAAUGAACGCCUCUCUCAUAAGGAACAAAUGUCUAAUGUAAGUAACAAACACACUAAGAGUAAAAAUCUUGAAUCAAAUAAGGAAGAACCUCCUAGUAAUGAUAAUAUUGCCAUAGCUGCUAAUAAUACUCAACUAGAGGUUUCAGAAAACAUUUCAAAACAUUCUAAUAAUAUAAAUACAGAUAUUAGAGGCAAUCCAUUAAAUGUUAUUGUGUCUACUGAAACUAAUAAUUUAAAAAUGGUAUCAAACAAGGAAAUAAGUGUGGAAGUGAAUACAAAUAAAGAAAAGAAACUAUUUAAAAAAUUAAAGAAAAAACCACGUUCGCGAGUAAAAAACAAAUCCACAAAUAAUUCCAUAGGAAGUUGUGUAGAGAGUAAAAAUACUGAAUCGAAUACAUUAAACAAAGCAUCUACUUCCACAUCAAGAGAAUUAAGUGAAACAACUAUUCCUAUCGAAAAAGUAAAACAAGAAGCUGGGAAUGAAACCUCAGAAGCAAAUGAAUCUCAACAAAAUAUUACAAACAAUACACCAAAAGAAAAUCAAGUACCAAAUACAGCAAGUAUCUUAACGAUGGAUGAAGAUAAAUCUGGAGAUUUAGAGGAGAUAAUAGAUUUGGACGAUUAUCCAGAUGACAUGGACGAGAUCGAAUGCGCCGAUAAAAACAACACCAACAAUACUGAAAAUCCAGACAAAUUGUUAAACAAGUCAGAGCAGAAAAAAAUCCAAGAUGCUACGCAAGUAAAGCCAAGUUCAGCCGAGACUUGGGCGACUCGCUAUUAUCAGACAGACGAUGUUCAAAGUGUGAUAAAAGAGUCCAAAAUACAAUCGGAAAUUCGGAAACGUUUACGAGAACGUCAACGUUUGGCUAGACUAAAUAAUUCCCCUAAUUCAAACUCAGUGACGACAACACCAGCCCCCGAUAUUCAAACGGAGAAAGUAGAACUAAAAACUACUGGAUCGGUCGAAGAAUACUUAGCUCUAAAAAACAUAAGUGUAACUGCAAAUCUAAGCAGUAGCAGUAGUAGUUGCAGCAUCGUUGCUUCUGAAAAAGAUACAGUACCUGACACAAAUGUAACCACAGCAAACAAUGACAAAAGAACUACAAUUAAAGACGCUGAAAGUACGACUGUAACGUCAGCUGUAAAUAAUGUCAUAAAUGAGACAAAUAUUACGAAUGAACCAAGCACAGAUUUUCAUCCUGACUGAAACUCUAGUCAAUUAUCAUACUAUGAAACUGUUUGACAUACUUUGUAUUUAUUACAAAGGAACCCCUUUAGGAUUCAUUAUUUAGAAUGAUACAAUGAGAACUUCAUUAAAGCUCUGUGAAAAUCAA